AUGACAAUUGUGGUCACUCAGAAGACGUGUUUCUACAAUGUGAAGGAGUUGUCGACGGAGGUUACACAGAUUUUGGAGAAUGGUCAGAAUGUUCAGUUCAUUGUGGAGAAGGUGCCCAAACCAGAACAAGGACUUGCACCGACCCUGCUCCGGCUAAUGGUGGUGCAGAUUGUGUUGGGGAAGCAUGUCAUGUUUAGCCUGGUAGAUUUAAAUGGUGAUACUGUCGGUGCUGGAGUUGAAGGGUUGCUGCUUAGCAACGAAGGAACAGUUUGUGACGAUGCAUUCACUGAUAACUCAGCUGAUGCUAUUUGUCGUGAAAUGGGACACAUCGGUCAAAUGAGCUGGUCAUCCAAUGAAAAAUGGGGCAUUCAAGAGGGGAUCGAAAUAACCCUAGACGAUGUUGCCUGUAGCAGUGGUGAAUGGAGUUCAUGUUCGUAUUCAACCUCUGCAAAUUGUCGUCACGACGAAGAUGUGUUUCUACAAUGUGAAGGAGUUGUGUUUAGCCUGGUAGAUUUAAAUGGUGAUACUGUGGGUGCUGGAGUUGAAGGGUUGCUGCUUAGCAACGAAGGAACAGUUUGUGACGAUGCAUUCACUGAUAACUCAGCUGAUGCUAUUUGUCGUGAAAUGGGAUAUAUCGGUCAAAUGAGCUGGUCAUCCGGUAAUAGAUUGGAAAAUAUUCAAGAGGGGCUCGAAAUAACCCUAGACGAUGUUGACUGUAGCAGCGGUGAAUGGAGUUCAUGUUCGUUUUCAUUCGAUGACAAUUGUGGUCACGGCGAAGAUGUGUUUCUACAAUGUGAAGGAGUUGUGUUUAGCCUGGUAGAUUUAAAUGGUAAUACUGUCGGUGCUGGAGUUGAAGGGUUGCUGCUCAGCAACGAAGGAACAGUUUGUGACGAUGCAUUCACUGAUAACUCAGCUGAUGCUAUUUGUCGUGAAAUGGGAUAUAUCGGUCAAAUGAGCUGGUCAUCCGUUUACGGUGUAUAA